AUGGUACUCAGCACUUUUUCUCCGGUGUCCCACCCAUCAGCAACGACUCUCUCUCCCGCGAAAAUUCGUUUCUCAAACUCAAAUCCUCUUACACUAUGCCUCUGCCCGCCACUACCUCUGUCUCCUUCUCUCUGCCUGAAGUUUGUCUCCGCAAAGAAUACCUUCACUUGUAUCCUCAGUGCUUCCCCGACCCAGAAUCACAUUUACCCCGACCCAAUACCCGAAUUCGCGGAAUCUGAAACGCAGAAGUUCAGAGCUGAGCUGUUUGAGAGGCUAUCUGAGGACAAAGACGAGUUCGGCGAUGAUCUUCAUGCAGUCGUCGAUGUUUGUGCUCAGAUAUUCAGUGAAUUCAUGCACAAGGAGUAUGGAGGCCCUGGGACAUUAUUGGUGGAGCCCUUCACAGAUAUGUUAAUUGCUUUAAAGAAGAAGAAAUUGCCCGGAGCACCUCUGGCUGCAAGAACAUCUCUUUUGUGGGCUCAAAAUUAUGUUGACGAUGACUGGCAAGUUUGGAACUCAAAAUUAUAGUGACUUCCACUUUAUAUUUCUUUUCCUUAUUAUUAGUAUUAUUAUCAUAAUUAUUUUUUUUUCACAAGCUUUUUCUGUAGUUGUAUGUAAGAGAACCAAGUAAACUGCGUAUCUUGCUAAGUAAAAGGAAGAUUUGGAUUCUGUAACUAUAUCAAUCACAAAACUCAGUUUCACUA